AAAAUAGCACAAGUGCAACAAUUGAGCUGCUCCUUGCAUCGCGAUGCCUCCGCCUCGGCUAGUCGAGCUCUCGGUCUCGGGCCCCCUCCUUUUCCCUCGCUAUGUGGACGCCGACAAUCUCCACAUGGAGGACGAAGCCUCCGACCGGAUGGUCCACAACCAGUCCGUACUGCGGGUAGCGGACCUCCUUGGAGCUCCCGUGUCGUCUCUAACACCCAGGAAACAAUGUGAUACCGGUAGUCCACGCACACCGGCGUUUACCCCCCCUUUGGUACCUGAAAGUCCCUCGCUCUUCGAUCACCUCAGUCCAUUCAUCAAGAGGAAGCGAGCGGCGUCUUCACGCGUGAGCUCAAUGAGUCCGUUAAAUGUCGUCUUAAGAACACCUUCGCCUGUUGGUGAGCUGCCUACCGACUCGGUCAUGUCGUUUGUGUCCUCAAUGUCACCACCGUCUGGAAUUACGGGCAUCCGAUCACCUAGACGAGUGAUUCUGGGUCAGUCCGAUGCGCAAAAGAUCACAAAGUGGCUACAAUCACUUCCGCACGAAGCUGCAAACUUCACGUCGUACGCACUCUACUGCGAUAUGCUCUUCCGAGAGAGCCGCGUGCUGACACAGGGCAAACCUGUUCCAAACCGACUCCAGACAGCCAUCGCUUUCCACUGUCUGUGCAAGGCCGCCAAUGUAUUUGCGAGGCACGAAGGUAUUUUAAUUCGCAUUUGCAACGACUUGGGAGCAGCGAUUUACAUGAAUCACGACCCGUCAUUGAUUCGCAGCGGAGAAAUAGAUGCACUCGAGUUCUUCGCGCGACUCACCACGUUCUAUGAGCAGCACACUGUUCUCCAUCAGCGAAAGCAAGGUCUCCAGCAAGAGAUGUUAAGACAGCAAGCCGUGCACCAGCAGCGUCUGGGCGAAGAGCGGGCCCGAAACGAACAGCUAAAGCAAUUGCAUAAUCAGCUUCAAGUGAAUAAGUUGGACACUAUCAGCACGAAGAAAACGCACGCGAAGGACUUGAAUGGUAAGUUGCAAAAUGUGCUUUUAAACUUUCAAUACGUAAACGACCAGGAGAAGGAGAGAAUCGUGCUCGGCGCAGUGGAGGCUCUGCAAGCGCAAGUAUCGGCCGUAGCAGCUGUAGCAAUAGUGGACCAGAUGGACCCAGUUGAGAAAGAUAAACUUAUGACCAACUUACUCCAAGACAAGAUGGAGGGAAUCACACAGCAAAUUGAAGAGCAGGUUCUUCUCAAGUCUAACGCACAGCAAAACAUGAUCGUCGAGCGAUCUGCAGCACGGAUGACACGCUUUCAAGCGCUCAUGCUGGACGUCGUCAAGAACCCCAAUAGUGGUGAUGCACGUAAAGAAAGUUCUAGCGCUGAAGUUGAUGACUGUUUGUGUGAACACGACCGUAAAGUGCUCGAAGCUGUCGGGGAUGUAGUCGACGAGUUGGAGCGCGAGAAGAAAAAGUCGACGACUUUGAAGCAGAGACUUGAAGAGGCUGAGAAACUUGCAAACGACCUGCGAUUGAAGAAUAAUUCGUUAGUGAACGAGGCCGAGGAACGCGUAAGGAAUUGUGAGCAGCAGCUCCAGAAAAUGCGAGACCAGAUAGCAAAGGCACAGAGCUUGACCGAUGACAAAUGUUUUCAGACGGAUGAAGAUUUUGAGGAGCUCCGAAGGCACAACGAGAGUGGAGCCAAACGCAGGCGACAUCUGGUUGCAGCCGACAGCAACGAUGAACUCAUUCUGAAAAACCGGGCCAAGAACAAGUUCGGCUACGGCAUCGCAAAUAUCAUUGACCAAGCGAAGAUUGCACCGUCCAAAGUGCGCAAGAUCCUGCUGAAGCGAAAGCCUCUUACUCUUAAUGAACUUCACAGCAUCAUUGUCGGGUACUACCAGGCGAAGAUGUUCCAGGACGUGCAGGACGAUUCGUCUGGUAAGCCGCGGACCAACCUGGCGCAGUUCAUCAUGGAAAUGUACGUCCUGCACUACGGACUCAAAGACCUUGCGAUCAGCCAACUCGUUUUCUUAGACGCUGCCAUCCGCAAGAACGCUCGUGAAAGCGCCCGAGUGCGAAUUUUUGGGCUUCUAACGGGAUCACUAGACCCCGAGUCUCAUGCCUGCUCGGUCCAGGGUGUCGAUUUCUUCCUACUGGUAGUCGUCAUCAUCUUCAAUGCUGGCUUAUACAAGAAAGGUCGGAAACAAGCCGUCACCAUCGCACAGAACCUCAAGACCUUCUUCGGAGACGGCAUCUUUGUCAGUCCGAAGUCAGUGACUGUCAAACACGAGCUGGUAUGCCAGGCAAUCGACUUGGCAUUCUCAUUCACGCGGAAUGAGAUAGGAGGGCCCCUCAGUCAGCUUAAAGACGAGACUUACCAGAGAUGCAUCGCAAAUGGUGGGGGGUUGGACAUUGAUUUGGUGCUAGAGAAAAUCACGAAUUACUGGUUCGUGCUGUACGAGCAUCAGAUUCAGGACAUCCACAACUUGUUCACAAUUGUCGAUACGAAUGGAGACGGAACGCUGGAUUUUCAGGAAUUCUGUGAGCUGGUGGCAGCUCUGGAGCCGGCAAUGGACCGACGAGAUGCCCUGGCACUUUACAACCGAGCUGCUGGAGAGGAUAACGUCAUCGAUAAGGAUGAGUUUGUACAGGUCAUGCUCGCUCACCAACGUGGUGUCAUUCUUGAAGAGUUUUAUGGCGGAGUGUCCAGCAAGAAGAUCCUCAUGGGCAUUGAACAGCGCAAGAGCACGCUGUUACCACUGGGUUCUUCACCAUCGACAAGCCAAGAGAAGGAAGAAGAAUCGUUUGACUUGCUAACUGCUGCUAUGGCAUCAGUCUCGAUGACGUCAGAGUUGCUGGAAAAUGAUGAUGAGGAGGACAAAAGUCCGGACGAUAAGUCAGAGACUCAGCGCGUUCAGGAGAGUGUAUCCUUUCAGGCGCUGACGAGGCUUUCUACGUGGGCUACCGAGGCUAAAAGAAAGCUGCGGCGAAGAAUACCAAGAACGCUCGAAUCGACCAAAGAAGUGGAGAAGGGCAAUGACCAGAGAGUCCACUCCUGACAACUUCCGGGGAGAUAGUAUCUCAGAUACGGCUCGGUUACUACGGCAAGCGUUACAACAGGUCAACCUCAGUGGACAUUCUACAACAGAAUAGACGUCUCAUAUCCUAGAAGAUUAUUCACAAAUAU